CGAAAUCCGCGCGGGCUCUGCGAAAGUUAUUGGCAGGCUGCUGAGGAGACGUCAGCUCGACGGCGCUCGGGUCCAUAGUUGCAUCCCAGGAACCCUGCACGUUCCCAAGAGAGCAUAUAAGAUUACUCAUCCUGCAGAUAUCUUCAUGACCUGCCACCAUGUCUAACGAAAUGUCCUCCUGGCGUUCCAUGGCGAGUGCGUUCAAGGGAUACGUCGCCCAACGCGACGUGGGAAAAUCGCUUCGUCCUCCACUUGCAGAUGGCUCGACACGACCGUCUUGGAGUCAGUGGGCAGGGCAGAAGAUACGCUCCAAGCUUGGUCCGGGCGAUAGCUCCACAGGCAAUACGGUCGAGAAAGUUUUCCUGUUUCCCGGCUGGGCGUGCCGAAAGUAUCACACAGACCCACAAACAUCGGUGCAAGACACCGCACCCUUCGAUGUGGAGCUAUUCGUCUCUGGGUUCGCUACGCGUUCAAGCGGCGCGGGAUUCGCAACACGGACGGGAAAAGCAUUCCUGAGGAUAGCGAAGGGCUACGCGGCACUCCCGAAACUCGCAGUGUCUGACUGCGACGACGCUACGAUCGGACGCAACGGCAUUACGUCGGGCCGUUCUGCUGACUAUCUUACGGAAUCGGUACACCUCGUCCCACCACCGGACGAGAUGGAUGACGAAGCCGAGCUUGUGGAACUGAAGGAGAAGAUGCAUCAGCUAGAGCUUGAGGCAGCGCAUUCUUCAACCUCCUUAUCAUCCAAUCUUCGUGCGGAUAGUCUGUUUGACGGUCCUCCAGGAAGUAGCUAUCCCCCCGCGCCGAAAGCUGUCCCUGUGAACGAUGAUCUACGAAAACUGCACGAGACCCUGGAAGCCCGACUUGCACCAUUCUGGUCAUCGUCCCUCAGCUCUCGGACGGUACGGAUUGCCAUAUAUGUGACGGACCCGGCCAAUAAAGACUUCUUUAAAAGUCCGGCUAUCGGCAGCGAUGCUCUUGACGAGGACUACAACCACCAAAGGCGGCCAAUAGCCAGCGCAGACGUCCUGACCGCUGCUGACGGCUCCUUCCAGAAGAAGUUUGUAAUUCCCUGGGACCGUAUGUGCAUGCAUCCCGCCGCUCUACAACUCGCUUUCGGUGACACAAGUCAUGAACAUGACCUCUAUGUCACGGCAGACCUUAUGCAACUUCCAUCACGACCUGUCACGCCGGGCGCACAAGUACCAUAUGCCGUCCGUAAUCAGCCCACCCGUCCACUCCGAAGCAAUGUGCCAACUGCCAGAAGUCAUCUUGCUAUACCCGUCACGUCUUCCACAAUCCGACUAAUAUCGGACAUUGACGACACUGUUAAAAUGUCUAGUGUCCUGAGUGGUGCAAGAUCAGCGUUCUACAACGUUUUCGUCAAGGACUUGGCCGAGAAUGUCAUUCCUGGCAUGGGUAAUUGGUAUAUGGAUAUGUGGACACGUGGAGUUCGCUUCCACUACGUGUCCAACGGGCCGUUCGAGUUAUUGCCUAUUAUCAACGACUUCGUCCAUCUCUCGGGUCUUCCCCCAGGUUCCGUCAAACUCAAGUCCUAUGCUGGCCGAACGCUCUUUGGCGGUCUGUUCUCUGCACCAGCAGAGCGCAAGCGUGCUGGCAUCGUAGAGGUGCUCGAUAGUUUUUCCACUUCUCAAUUUCUCCUCGUCGGUGACUCUGGGGAACAAGACAUGGAGCUCUAUGCGUCUUUCGCGCGAGAUCGGCCUCACCAAGUUUUGGCCAUCUUCAUUCGAGAUGCCCACAACCAUGACAUUGUGCCACCGUUAGAGGACCCGACUGGAGAACGAAUGCCUCCAAUUCUUCCUCAGCGUCGCAGUACGCAAGGCUCAGGGUCGUCACUAGGCUCUCCGUCGAUACCCGCCGCGCAGCUAAGCGACCUCAAGACAGUGACUGCCACUCACCGCCCACACCGCAGUGUCUCUAGUUCGGACGUUCCAACAUCCACCUCCCGCCCUUCUUACCCUAUUCGCCUACCCAAGCGCACGAAGUCGGACAUGCCGCAACAGCCGACAAUCAAUGAGAACUCGGACUACUUUUCGUCUCCGUCCCUCACGGAAUCACCUAUUAUGGAGGAGCCACAGCCAAUCGCGCUGCCGUCCACAACCUUGCCAACGUACCACCCCUCGAUGUCCCGGAAGCGGCAGGAUGAUGAUAGUUCGUCUACCUCGUCUAGGGCAUCGCUCAACGGACGAUCUAUGUCGUUGCGCGCCCCGACGAUGACGGAGGCGGAGCGCAAGCAGUGGGACCUGCAGCAGCGCGUGUGGCGGGCAAAGAUGGAGAUCCCCGAUCGCAUACCUCUGCGCAUCUUCAGACACCCAUCUGAGUGCGUCGAGGCGCAGCAGGUUCUAGACAGCCUCAAUCUCAGUCAUCCUCAGACGUAACACUUCCCACGGGAUCGUUCAUACACCAUUUCUAUUCUUAUGGACUUAACUUACAUGCUUCUAGGAGGUUUUCCUAAUGCGUACUGUAUCCUAUUGUGUACACUUUAUGUCUCGACGACUUUGUUACACAACUUGUAAGAUAUUUUGUAGCCGAUUAUUCAAUGGAAUGA